AUGGCCAACGACUACGGUUCCCUCGAUCGCAAUGCUGCCAGCCAGUCCACCCCGAGAGCCGGCUAUCGUGCCUCUGGUCCCGGCACAAUCAACCUCCCGCCCUCGCCUUACACCGAUACCCGCGCAGACCCAGACCCAGACCCAGACGCUGCCGCCCGCUACAACGCUCCCACCAUGAGCCCUAGCAUCCCCGGCUCCCGAGCCGCCUCAAAUCCGCGCAGGAUGUCCUUCAAGCGACGCGCUCCCAGCGUAGGCCAAAGGCACAACUUUCUCCAGCGUGCCUCCAUGGGCGUAUUCCCCAGAAAGCUCUCCACCGCAGGUAGCGACGCUACCAACCCCAGAAUCCUGCGCCGCGUUCACACCACCGGCGUACCCUCCGGCGGCAUCCAUGACAACGACAACGACGACGGCACCAUCGACGUCGACGCGCUCAUUGCCGCUGCAGAGACCCCCUCCAUCCCACGCAUGCUUCCCAGCGCAAAGGCCGACCCCUUCUCCACGCCCAUCCCCGCCCUCCCCUUCAUCGUCCUAUGCCUCGUCUGCUUUGGCGAAUUCAGCUCCGCAGGUGUCGCAGGUCCCUUCCUCUUCUUCAUGAUCGAGGACUUUGGCGUCGGCGGCGAGAGCGAUGUCGGCUUCUGGGCAGGCAUCGUCUCGGCCAGCUUCUUCUUCGCACAGUUCCUCACCUCGCUCAUGUGGGCCUCCGUCGCCGACAAGCGCGGUCGUCGCUUCGUCCUCGCCAUCUCCCUCCUCGGCAAUGCGCUCACCAUGGUGCUCUUCGGCACUUCCCAAAACCUCGGCUCGGCCAUCUUCAUCCGUCUCGCUCAGGGCUUCUUCAACGGCGCCGUCGGCGUCGCAAAGGGCGCCAUCCGCGACAUCACCGACGACACAAACGAAGGUCGCGCCUACGCACUCAUGGGCUUCUGCUGGGGCAUGGGAGGUAUCAUCGGCCCCAUCCUCGGCGGCCUCCUCGAGCAUCCCGUCCAAAACCUCAGCCUCUCGCGUCACUUUACCAGCGACCAGCACUCGCGCCCCACCAGUGGCACCUCCACUCCCGACCACACCGGCGCGCCCAAACAGCUCCCGCGCACUUUUACCCAGCAGGUCGACUACGAGACUGGCGGCCCGCCCUCGCCCGCGCCCACCGAGGGCACCGUCAUCACGCACAACAACACCGCCCCCAACGACUCGGCCUUCUCCCGCGCCGACGUGCCCCGAAGGCAGCGUCUCUUCUCGCGCACAGAGGAGCGUCAGCGCGCCAUCCUCGGCGGCGGCUCCGCGUACGGAUACGAUCGGCACAUGUCGCGCUCCUCGGCCGCACCCGCCGCCACCGCCACCGCCGGCGCACGCACCGAGUCGUUCGCACACACUCGCACCGCAGGCCGCAACUCCUUCUCCUCCACCACCCAGUACGCACCGGACUUUGAAGAGAUCGGCCAGCGGCCUGGGCUCAGCUUUGCACAGCGCUUCCUGCUCGCACAGGACGACUCGGUAUUCACCAUCUCGGACCUCUGGGUCGCCGCCGCCAUCAACGGCGACGAUGCCUACGAGGACGUGUUUGACGACGACGAAGACGACCAGUCGUUCGACGACGGCAGCGUGUUCAACGAUUCCGUCGCCGAGUUGGCAGAGCAGUCGAUCGACGAGGAGGACGAAGAUGAGUUUGACAACGAGCCGGAUGAGGGAUCGGCGCUGUUGGCGCCGACGCAUCUGGCGCCGCUCAACUUUGCGCAGCGCAAGCUGAGUCGUGCCGGCUAUUCCGAUGCCGGCAGGUCCGCCGGGUCAAGGCCGCGCUCGAUGCGCAGGAGCAGUGCCACCGCGCGCGUGCCGAGCCUGUAUGCCAACACGGGUAUCGAGAGUCCCGUCCUGUCGCCGGCGUACAAUCCCAUGUCACCCGCCAACGAAGCUGGACCAGCGCCUUUGGGUGGCGGGCAGGCACGGGCGGACAGUGCGUGGGAUCCCACGCUGGCAGGUAUUCCGGAAAGCCAGUCGAAUCGCAACAGUCUCAUGGUUCCAUCGCAGCGACGCGGAGGCUCGGCAUCAGCAUCGCCCGAUCGACGCAGUGCCGUGUUGGAAUCACCCCCAACCUCGCUGUUCACCUUGCUUCCUGCUGCGAUCAUUGCGCACUACGGAUUGAUGGCGUUUCACUCUUCGACGUUCGACCAGGUGUUUAUGGCGUUUUUGGUGACGCCCGAGCCUUCGGGAGGAUUGGGGUUGACAGCAUCGCACUAUGCGCAACUGAUUUCAGCCAUGGCCUUCUGUCAGCUGAUAUUCCAGUUUGUCUUCUACCCCAAAGUGGGUCCUCCUCAGGGCAACUUUUCGCACCUCGCCAUGUUGCGCUUGGGUACGGCGAUCUAUCUGCCGUGCUAUACGCUCUUCCCGCUCUUGCGCGGGAUGUUGCAUCCCGAAACGGACGGAUUUGUUAUGACGGGCAUGAUCAUGUUUGCUGCCAUGAGGUGGUUGGCCAACGUGUGUGCCUUCACCGCCGUCAGCGUGCUGAUCAACGCUAUGACGCCACCCCACCUCACCCCGCUUGCCAACGGUCUGGCACAGACUACAAGCUCGGCCGCAAGAUUCGUCGGACCGAUUGUCGGAGGCUUGGUUUGGGCAAAGGGUAUCGAAGGAGGGCCUGAUGCCAAGAGUUGGCCGUGGAACUAUCAUUUAGGAUUCUGGUUUGUCGGUCUCGCUGCGUUUACUGGGUUCUUGUUUACCUGGCGCAUCAAGUAG